UGGACGAGAUUGUGGAAAAUAACACACUCUAUUGGUUGUUUAGUUGGUGUGUGACAUCAGUCUGUGUGUAUGUGAACCCUGGGCGUUCCCCCGAGGAUGAGUACUUUAGCAGCAGGCCCGGUCCCUGACGAAGGCAGAAAGCUGGACAACAACAAGCAGCAGAUGCUGCAGAGGAGAACUUGCACAACAGAGAAGUUUACAAUAAUAAUAAGAAGAAGACAAGCUGCUGCACUAGAGGUGAAGAUAGGAAAAGGAGCAGAGAAGAACAUCUGCUUUCACUUCUCAUCCACCUCAUAGUGAGAUCGUAACCAAAAGAAGCAAGGUCUUGGAUCAGUGUCCAAAAAGAACCACGCCUCUUCACAAGCACCACAUCUGCAACCUUUGAUCUCUUUGCUCCCCAACCAGUCUCGCCUAUCCUCUCAGUCCCACAUACUGCAAUGGAUCGCUCGACACAGGAGCUGUUCCUCAACUUCAUGAUUGUCCUUAUCACCGUGCUGCUGAUGUGGCUGCUGGUGAAAACUUACCAGGAACACUAAAAUAUGGAGCAACAAGAGAGGAGAUGAAGGAGAGGCAGAGGGGACGUCGAGGGAAGCCGGCAUGGUUGCUGUAAGACUUUGUUGCUGAUUGAAUUCUGUCCAGACACAGUGUUUACAGCAUUUCAUUCAUCUAGUCCACGGCCACAUGUUUGAUCCAGUAUUCAUGUGAAGUCAGAUACCAUGCUGAGGCCAUGAUGGGUUGGUCUUGGAUCUGUAUUUGAGUCCCGAGGUGUUUUUUGAAUGCAUUCAUGAAUUUCUGACAUAAGCCAAAGAGGUAGAGUUAAGAAGGAAAACAAAGGUAAAUAAAAAGAGGCUGAGGCUUUAGUCUUUCACUAUGGAUACCCUAGAAGUGAGGAAACACGGCAAUGUGACUAUUAACAGUCAUACUUACAGUCAUUCAUGUCAUUGUGAUACACUGAACCAUGCUGUU